UUCGCCGAGUAACGGACGAGAAAUAAUAUAAUCGCGAGACGAGAAAAAGCGAAUGCGAGAUAAUAAUAUUAAUUCCGUAUCCAUCUCUGCGACGUCGUUUGAUUCGCCGUCAGGAAUACUGUACGCAAUUAUUCGUGCCAUUUGAUGACACAGCGUUGUGGUAUGACGAGAGCGUCCCAGGGACACGCGCUUCGAUUACGUUAGAUGACGAUAUCCCGAGCAACGAAUAGGCCGGCGAUUAAUAAACGCCAAUUGAACGUCAAAAAGAGACUGGGAAAGCGAGACAACGAGCUCCUUCUCUUCGCUCAAUCGUACGAAAAACACAAUAACACAAAUAUAAAUUAACGUAAUUGUCGCGUGUCUGAGAAAUCAGGGGAGUCGAAAGGAGAGAGACGGGAGGAGAGAGAGAAAGGGGUCGCGUGGGAGCGUAAUAUCUGGAGCACAAUGACUGCAACGGUAACAAUGGCAGUAAGCUGUAACAAUGGCGACAUCGAGCAGGAAUGCGCGAAUAAACAGCGGAGACGGGACCGAAGUAGUCGCGGCCGACUACGACGUCGUAGGUUGGAAGCGAGCGUAACGUCGCCGUCCUCGUCUUGGAUUGGCCGGAGAUAGCGGGAACGACGAGGACGAGGAGAGAAAUUGGUCGAGAGAAAGAGAGAGAGAGAGAGAGAAGGAGAGGCAGAGAGAGGGGAACGGGACGACAGACUGCCUAGAUAUCGCCGAGGAAGCAAGCUUAUCGAUCGUAUUAUCGGGAGCCUGCACUGAUCGCGGUGCCACAGGAUCGGUUUACGAAUCUCGAGUCGGCGCAUAACUUUCGAUGGAAUCGUUCAGUGCGGUGACCUGCCGGCGGUGCCGAUCUCUCAGGACGGCCGGCUGAUAACUCGCGCGCGCGCGCGCGCGCGUGCGACUGCGACUGCGACUGUGCGUCUCUCUCUCUGUCACUCUCUUCGCAACACGCCCACAAGGUCUCCCGCGCGCGGUUACGAGAGGGGUCAACGAAGCCCGACGCCGACAAACACGCCUCGGACAACGACGAGAAAAGAUGCGGGACGUCUUUGAGCGGCCGUUGUCGAAUCUGUCGCCGCAUUAACGCUCGAACCCUCCGUUCGUGCAUACCUACCGUUCGAAUAUAGACAGAACAAGCAGCAAAGACGCUUGCCGGCGCGAAUAUCCCGUCAUCGUCGACGAUCGAGAGAGAUGCGAGCGGAACGUCGCGACGCUUUUCUCUCCGCGUUCUGAGAAUUCGCGAGAAGGGAGUUUCGCGCGUACUUGACUCUUUUCUUCUCCGACCGAGAGAGAGAUUUCGAAAAUGAAGUCUCCGGCUUUCGCGUGCCGCAAAAAUCGCAGCGCGACAUUCGACGUGGACGACGAACCUUACGCUUCGGCCGCGUCCUCGUCUUCUUCGGAGACACUUCUCGUCACUCGCCGCUACUGCCAUUGCCCCUCGAUUUGCGGCGCGUUCGAGGAUACGUCGAACGAUGCCUCGUCCCAGUCGCCGUCAGAGUCGACGUCGAUGUCGACGACGACGUGCGAUCUCUGCGAGCGUCUUCGCGGACAAACGGACGGGUGUUCCGAUACGAUGGACGCGAUACGGACAGAAGAGCACUUUGGCCAGCGCGAUCGGCGAAAACGCGACGAGAGUGCGAACUCGAGAGCGAAAAUUGUCGAGAAGCGCGACAGAACACUGAGGUGCGAUAGACUCUCGCGUUACGAAUCAUCGUCCGCGAGAUGUGCUUCGAGCGUCGUGAGAUGGAACCAUCUCGCCGCCGGAUUCCACAAGUCGACCGAGUGGCGGAGGCUCCUCUGGAUCGUUUUCCUGGUUUUCCUCGCGUCAUCUCCCGAUCUCGCAGCGGCGCAACAAAACAGCACCGACGGAGUGUGCCAAAGUAUAGACAUAAGAAAUAGCGUGGAUCAAUUUUUGAGAUUGAACGGAUGUCGGGUGGUCGAGGGCUUCGUACAGAUUCUUUUGAUCGACCGGGCGGAGCAGUCGGCCUAUGCCAACCUCAGCUUCCCCGACCUGGUCGAAAUCACAGGAUAUCUUAUUUUAUACAGAGUAAGUGGAUUAAGGAGCAUUGGCCGUCUGUUUCCCAACUUGACGGUCAUUCGUGGGCAUUCUCUCUUCAUUAAUUACGCCCUCGUGGCAUUCGAGAUGAUGCAUCUCCAGGAAAUUGGUCUUCAUUCUCUGACCAACAUCCUACGCGGAUCCGUGCGGUUUGAGAAAAAUCCGACGCUCUGCUACGUCGAUACCAUCGACUGGGACAUCAUCGCCAAAGCUGGCAAAGGAGAACACGUCAUAUCGGGCAACAAGAUAACGAACGGUUGUCCAGUGUGCGACAAAAGUUGUCCGUCAAGGCAGACGAAACCCGAUGAGACUCUAUGCUGGAAUCGACAACACUGCCAACGAGUAUGCGACCAUAAGUGCGGGGACAAUGCUUGCGACAUCAACACGGGAAAAUGUUGCAAUUCGUCAUGUCUGGGUGGAUGCACGGGAUUGUCAAACGCCAAUUGCACCGUCUGCAGGAACGUGAUGGUCGGCACAGAGUGCAAGGACAGUUGUCCGAAUGGUACCUACGAGUUCAUGAAUCGACGUUGCGUCAGCGAGAAGAUGUGCCGGGAGAUACGGAAACCGCGCGAAGCGUUAGACAGCGUCAAGUAUCAUCCGUACAAGCCGUUCAACGGCACCUGCGUGAUCGAGUGCCCGGCUGGCUACAUGGAAAGCACCGACAACGACCAGAAUCUGACCUGCCGGAAGUGCGAGGGCUCGUGUUUGAAAGAGUGUACCGGCGCGAACGUGGACAGCAUCGCGUCGGCGCAAAAGUUGCGCGGGUGCACGCAUAUCGCGGGUAGUCUCGAGAUACAGAUACGCGGCGGCAAGAACAUCGUCAAAGAGCUUGAGGAUAAUCUAAGCACGAUCGAGGAGAUAGACGGCUAUCUAAAAGUCAUCCGUAGCUUCCCUUUGAUAUCCCUCAAUUUUCUGAAGAAUCUGCGCGUGAUACGUGGCAAUACGCUCGAGAACAACAAGUACAGUCUCGCGGUGCUCGAUAAUCAGAAUCUUCAGGAGCUCUGGGACUGGAGCACGCAUCCAAACCUCACCAUCCUGUCCUCGGCAGGCUCUCCCAAGGUCUUCUUUCAUUUCAAUCCAAAGUUGUGCAUGUAUAAGAUUGACAUGCUGCGAGAGAAGGCGAAAUUGGACAAUUUUACCGAGCACGAUGUGGCGAUCAACAGCAAUGGAGAUAAGGUCGCGUGCAAUGUCACCGAGUUGAAGACCAAGAUUACCAAGAAGACAUCUAGAGGUGCUAUUAUCGAGUGGGAACCCUUUUCGCAUCACGACUACCGAUCUCUCUUGGGUUAUGUCGUUUACUUCAUCGAAGCGCCAUAUCAAAAUGUAACGAUGUACGAUGGUCGUGAUGCUUGCGGUGGCGAUGGUUGGCGGGUGGAGGACGUCUCCGCCGAAAGCACGUCACAGCAACAUAACGACACGCAGCAACCGUAUUUAGCUCACAUACUCACUCUACUGAAACCGUAUACCCAAUACGCUUACUACGUAAAGACUUACACUAUAGCCACCGAGGAAUCGGGCGCGCAGAGCAAGGUCAUGUACUUUACGACACUGCCGGACGCGCCUAGCUCACCUAGGGCUCUGUCGAUCUGGAGUAAUUCAAGUAGCGAGCUGGUUAUGUCCUGGUUUCCGCCGCUUCAUAAAAACGGGAAUCUAACGCAUUAUCGAAUCGUCGGUCGUUGGGAGCCCGAUGACCCGAAUUUCAUCGAUCAGAGAAACUACUGCGACGAACCCAUGUCAUUACCCGAGAAGAAACUGCCAAUGUCUGUCAUAGCGGAGGAAGAAAGGAAGCGUGCCGAAGAAGAAAAGGAAUUGGUGAAAUCACCCGAGACUACUUCGUGCGGCUGUGCAGAUCGAGAAACGACGGAUCAGUCGAUGCGUGAAAAGGAAGUUUCCAGUUCGAUCGCCUUCGAGAACGCAUUGCACAAUCAGGUCUAUGUAAAACGGAUGAAUGCGCGUAGAAGACGCGACGUGAAGAGCGAAAUGUUGAUCACGGCGGAAUUAGCCAAAGAUUCUAAUUAUAAUCAACAGGACAAGGAAGGUAUUAACGAUAAACUAGACAAUGGCACGUACACAGUAUUCGAGCGAUUGAUACCGAGUACGAAUCUUAGUGUCGUAAUGAAAAAUCUGCGCCACUUUGCCGCGUACAACAUCGAGGUUCAAGCUUGCAGAGAACGAGUUGAGAACGAGGAUAAAUCGAAGAAAAAUAAUUGUUCAACGAAGAGCAUGAAAACUUAUCGUACAUUGGCUAUGGAGAGUGCAGAUAAUAUUCCACCAAACACUUUCAAGUUUAGCAUUUCUGGCGGGAAUAACAGUCUCACUAUAGUUACAUUGUACUGGGAGGAGCCGCCUCAACCCAAUGGUCUAAUCGUCACGUACCAAAUUGAGUACAAAAGAGUAGAUAUAAAAAAUAUAAAAUCAACGGUAGUGUGCAUCACAAGACGCGAUUUCACUAAAGCGGGUAAUUCAUAUGUCUUGAAAGAUCUUCCAGCUGGAAAUUACUCUGUGAAAGUUCGAGCUACCAGUUUAGCUGGAUACGGGGCAUAUACUGAAGUUAAAUAUUUUUAUAUAAAAGAAUACGGCAUGCUGAGCACAUUCUGGAUUUUCUUCUGGUUAAUAUUAACCCUUAUUAUGCUAUCGAGUAUUUUGGUGAUAUUUUACAUAUUUAGAAGAAGAUCGGCGCGGAAUGCGUCCAGUGUGAAAAUUAUCGCGACAGUGAAUCCGGAAUACGUGAGCACAGGCUAUGUGCCGGAUGAGUGGGAAGUAGCCCGAAAGAAAGUACAGUUAAUACGCGAAUUAGGAAAUGGUUCUUUUGGCAUGGUAUACGAAGGAUUGGCCAAAGAUGUUGUCAAAGAUCAACCGGAAGUACGGUGCGCUGUGAAAACCGUAAAUGAAAAUGCAACAGAUCGUGAACGAAUAGAAUUCCUUAACGAAGCUUCCGUCAUGAAGGCUUUCAACACUCAUCAUGUGGUCAGAUUGCUGGGUGUAGUGUCACAAGGCCAACCUACGUUGGUAGUUAUGGAACUGAUGGUAAAUGGUGAUCUAAAGACAUAUUUAAGGAGCCAUCGACCGGAUGUUUGUGAAAAUUCUAAACAUCCACCGACGUUGAGAGAUAUCUUGCAAAUGGCAGUUGAAAUUGCGGACGGCAUGUCUUAUCUCGCAGCGAAGAAAUUUGUUCACAGAGAUCUGGCUGCUCGUAAUUGCAUGGUAGCCGAAGAUCUUACCGUGAAGAUCGGUGACUUUGGCAUGACAAGAGAUAUAUAUGAAACUGAUUACUAUAGAAAAGGAUCCAAGGGACUCUUGCCUGUUAGAUGGAUGGCCCCAGAAAGUUUAAAAGACGGCGUAUUUACCAGUUUUUCCGAUGUUUGGAGCUAUGGAGUUGUUCUAUGGGAAAUGGUUACGUUAGCUUCGCAACCGUAUCAAGGCUUAUCAAAUGAUCAGGUAUUGCGUUACGUAAUUGAAGGAGGAGUUAUGGAACGACCGGAAAAUUGUCCCGAUUCAUUGUACAGUUUAAUGAGACGUACUUGGAAUCAUAGAGCCACAAGAAGACCUACCUUUAUAGACAUUGAAACGCUAUUAUUGCAAGAAGUUAACAUAGAAGACUUUGAGAAUGUUAGCUUUUACCACAGCUCAGAAGGAAUCGAAGCUCGAAAUCAAAAUAUUUCGCAUUCACCGCAAAAUGACCAAGAUUUAGAAAUGGUUGCUUUACAAAACUUGCGGGAGGAAGAAAUCGAGAGAGGAGAAGAUUCGCCAUUGCGUGAAGAUUUUGGUGACUUUGCAAGUUUUGAACCUUGCAGUAUUAAAAAUAACUUGAGUCCACAUUAUGGAGCGAAUUCUUAUGGUGAAACUUCCACUUCUAAUUUCCAUGACAUGAACUCUUCAAAAGUACCUAAAGCUGGGUUCGACGAAUUUGUCGGCGUCUCUGGAGAUUCGCUUGUAUCUAGUAAAGAUACGUUGAACUCGCCUUUUAUAGAAGGCAGCCUUAAAUCAGUCAGGAGCUCGCCUUUUAUAUAUAAAAAAAGUACAUCCCGCAGUAACGUAAGUCAAGGCUCCCUAGUAAAGUCUGGGAGUCCGCAAAGUUUAGUCAAGCGAUAUUAUCUCGAUAGUCCGAAUCUACCCAAGUCUCGGGGCGAUCCUGAUUACGAAAAUCGGAGUCCUGAAACCAUAUUAGCAAUCGAAAAGAGGGAGAUUACUACUCCGUUGCAUGUAGAAUUUCCAUCUGUCGAUGUUAUGGACAUUCAGAUUAACGGUGACAAGAAAGAGACUAAGUGCACUACCGAUUAUGUGAAUAAAUCGGAAACGUUGAAUAACGGUUACAUUGGUAACACAGCCACGUAGCUUCAAUGAUAUCCUUCGAUGUUAUCAGAAUCCAACGCGCAACAAAUCACAUAUGACAAAUACGUGAAAUUAUAUUCUUGGAGUGAAUCGAUAUGAGUAUUCCAACAAAAAGGCAGUGUCUGUGCCAAAUUUAUGAGCGUACCGAAUCGUAAUUUUGGGAGAAUCGCAUUAUGAGCAGCGUUUUGUAUACACGAGAAAAAGAUGCUAGUGUGUUUCUAGACUCUAACGGAAGUUAUAAAUCUAUAUUUUAAACGUCUAGAUAUGUAACUAAGAAUCACACAGGUCCUAAAUGCAGACAAGUAAAGUUUCCUUAUACGGGUGUUACCAUGUCUUAAUUCCGUCUCUCUAAAUGUAAUUGAUAUCGCUACGCAUGUACAGUUAAUUACAUAUAUUUAUAUAUAUAUUUGUUACGCUGCAAUGCAUGUUGGGAAUAAGCAGCGAAUAUAUUUAUACCAGAUACUGUCUUUUUGAAAUUAUCGCUGUAAUGUAUAUUAAUAUAAAAGGUUUUAGCUUUCUAAAGAUACGUUAUUGUGAAGUUAUAAACAGUUGCGGUUUAAAAGCCAGAAACUAUCUUUUCUUGAAAUUGGGCCGUGCACUAUUGAGAAACAUGCAGACAUAUAUCGAUUUGAUAAUAUGAUAUUUGCUAACAAGCAUAUGACAGCCUCUCUCUCUCUCUCUCUCUCUCUCUUUCCCCAUUAACUAUCUAGUAAAGUAAGUGUAUAUUCAAAAAAUUAAGCAGGUUAAUUAUUUGUAUUAUAGAUUUUCUGUUUAAUAUUCAAAGUCGCAAAGUAUGCUAAUUUCCGCUGUAAGUAAUUAUAUUUGUACAGUAUCUCAAUUUAUUUUUCUGAACUUAUGGGAAAUGUAAUAUAAAUCAAAGUGGCAAUUAGGUCGACUACCGUGUUGGUACGAUAUUUUGUUCACAGCAAAAAGACCACAUUUUAUAAAUUUUGUGAAUUACGCCUAGUCGCCACUUUGUACGAUUUUAGGCUUCGAAUUCGCAUAUAAUAAUACAGAUUCGAUAUUAUUGUUGGAAAGUGUAGAAAAGGUGAUUCAGAAUAAGAGUGUAUCGACUUGGCAAAUAUAUAUCUCUCAUCGCGUUCCUCUAAUUUAUAAAUUUCUAUUAUAUUUAUGUUUUCUAUAUACAUCGUUUUAAUGUUUUUGACUUGUAUCAGUUUUAUUGUAUCAAUUAAGAUUCAACAGUUCUGAAUCCACCAAUUUCUCUGAUGUAUAGUAAGAGAAUUAGAGAGUAAGGAGUAACUUUUCAAGUUAAGAGUAGCUUUCAAAAGCGAGUUGGUUGAUUUUAUAGUAUAGUUUGUGAAUUUGUAGUCUCUAUUACAAUCACAUUUUAAUCUUUUACAAUUAUGGCAAAAUCUUAGACGAAAAUAAUGUGUUUAAAUUUAUAUAAUA